AUGUUGCAUAACCGUGUAUCAACACCUAUAAAUUUGAGCAAACAUCUUUACAAACGACAAUUCUCUAGUUUAACCAAUAAUACAACUUUAAUCACAUUGAUGAUAGUUACCGCGGCAAUACUUGGAUUACUUUUAAUUUUUGUAAUUGCGAUUGUUCUUUAUCGACAAAGAAGAAACCAGAGACGUAUUUCAGACUCGAGACUGAAGCCAUUGCAACUUGUCCAAAAUGAACCUUUAUUGAGACAUGGAAAAUAUAGUAAUAGUAAAAGCAAUAAAUUUAAAAAGGACAAUCGUUAUAGUCUUCCGGCUACAAAGUCUAAUGCCGCAGUAAAUGUUAGAAAAUUUGAAAUAAGAUUGAGUAUGCCAGUGGAAUUGGCCAAACCUAUUAAAGAAUACACAACGGUUCAGCUCUAA